CUCAUCGUUUCAUUAGAUUUUUUUUCUUCCUCACUAAAUAUGGCUGCCUCUCAUCGCAUCUUCUUCGUAAAGGAUUAGAUGGACGUGACAUUAAGGCAAAAAUCGAUGUGCUGAUACAAACAACACUCAUAGACGCCAAAACGCACUUUAUACAACGGACUUACAGAAAUGUUUUGGCUUAUAAAGAGGGUAGUGCACGCUAGUCGAAAUUAACCCUUUCCAUCCAGUGUAGCAUCCAGCAGCUUUCUUCUGACUGAGACGAUGCAUCAGGUGAGCAGCAGCAGCAGCAGUGACCUCUGUAUGAGUGUUGCUAGCCUGGCAGAGAACUGUCACACAGCCAGCCCCUUUGAUUUAUGUAGCACACCGUCCAGCAAGUUCUUCACCUCUCCUGCAAACCCUGCUCUACAGCUAUCUCUUGCCAGCCUUGCCCCUCUGCCUCAUGGGAUGCACAAAGCCAUGGCUUGUCAUUUUCAAGACACCCAGACAGACUUCCAGGCACAGGCAAUGAGAAUCAGGGCUAGUGAGGUCUCGGUGCCUGAGGGAUCAUCUAGGAAAAAGGAGGGAAUAGUCAAAUCAGGGAGGAGAGGGAGACCAUCAGGAACCACAAAGUUGGCAGGGUAUCGCACAAGCACAGGACGCCCAAUUGGAACGACUCGGGCAGCUGGAUUCAAAACCAGCCCUGGAAGACCCCUCGGGACCACCAAAGCCGCUGGGUAUAAAGUCAGCCCCGGCAGGCCUCCCGGUAGCAUCAAGAGUCUAGCUCGCCUGAGGAAGUUAGAGUUUGGCCGUAACAGCGCCAAAACGCUUGACUUGAACAACUGCAGCGUUCCCAAGGAACUGGACUUGACAAGCUGUGACCUUCCUCCUUUUUCAUACACCAUGAUGGAGAAGAGGGUUCUCUGUGAGCCGAGUAGCAAAGCGGACAAACCCAGUGAAUAGAUGGGCUCAUGUGCAUGAUGACGCAUCUGGAAGCUGUAUGAAAUGCUGGCAGUUUUCCUUGAGAUCAUCUUAUCUUUACUGUUUUUUUUUUUUUUGCCAUUCCUGAGUUAAAGCAAAUUUAUAAACAAUCACACACAUCACUCAUUAAAAUCAUGUUUUAUAAAAUUGUAUUUAUUACUUAGUGGAUUUUUUAAACCAUAUUUCUUCCAAUAUCGAUACUUGUCUAAUACUUCUUUUGGACUUUUCUAAGUUUAUCUGACCAGUGUCAUCUGCAUUGUCCUGAACAUAAAUAUCUUACUGUUGCUGUCCUGUUGUUUUUUUCCCCUGUUACCUAACAUGCACCUUACUUUGUGAUAUAUUUGAGCAUCUUACCUGUCACCUGUAAACCAGUAUAGUUUGUAGCACAUUACUUGUUAUUUUCUGCACUUAGUUCAUGUUUCUGAAAAGGCCUGUUUUCAUGCUCAAACUCACUUGAUUCACCAGUUAAAGUAUGUGUUCAUUAAAUAUUCAAUUUUAAAAAAUAAAUUGUGACGCGUUGUAUUUGGAUGUUUAUAAAAACCAUAUGUUCUCCACGUGGACACCAGGGGGCGCAUAUCUCCAAACAAUAGAACUUGCUUUGUAAAAAAAAACCAUUAGAUUUUUCAAUAAAAAUCGUAUUUCAGCGUU